GUUCGAGUAACCUUUCAAACAUUUUCUAUCGCAAUACUUGUAGGUAUUGGCAGCGGUAUUUUAAAAAUACUAUUCGAAGCUACGUAACGACCGUUCGAAAUGUUGAAUAAGAUCGUACAUUUUUCAAUUUAUUUUUUAAUAAUACAAUCGUUUGUGUAUAGUAUUCCACAACCUAACAAUAAUGAGCCGCAGGAAAAAUUUCCAGUCACCCACGACGGAGGAAUCUACGACCCAGUUGUCCAGGUUGAUCUAGAUUUGAGCGCAGGGGUUCCCGGCCAAGAUAUCCCCGGCUUGGGAAAACCAGGCUCUGGACAAGGCGGUACCGGCGGCGGAGGCACUGGCGGUGGCAACGGCGGAGGACACGGUGGUGGAAACGGCGGAGGACAUGGCGGUGGAAAUGGUGGUGGAAACGGCGGUGGAAACAGUGGUGGAACUUCCCACUGGUGGGACUGGUGGACCUGGUGGUUGCCGAAACCAUCUUCAUCCGGACAAAACAAUGGGAAUUUCAAUUGGUUAGACCUGUGGACCUGGUGGUUGCCAAAACCAUCUUCGUCAGGACAUGGCAGCGGAUUUAAUUUGUCUGAUUGGUGGUCCGGGUUGAUUAAAUGGUUUCUCGGUUUCUUCGGGAUACAUUUCUAAAUAUCUUUGAGUUCAUAUGUAUACUUAAUACUUGAUACAAUAAUAGAAAAAAAUUAGCACUGCCAUUGUGCCUCCAAGCUGAAUAUUCUUUCAAGUGAUACUUAUAAUGUACUUGGGCAUGUAUUUUUAGAAACGUCACAGAGUAACGAAACUUAGUUGUAAAAAUAUAAGCUUUUUGAGAAUCUUAAA